AUGCUCCAAAAAAACGCGCUGCCGCCGUUUAUUAGCCCUUUGCAAGCCUCCUGGGCUGAGACUGGAGUAGGGCCGCAGCAACAGCAUGCGGAGUUCGACAAAUGGGAGCUUCUGGCUGCGUUCCAGGCCCUACUCGUCUACUGCUUGCUGCGCCUCCAGGAGGUGCCAGUGGGCAAUGACGGCCUCGAAGCCGCCCUUCUCACCACAGUGAAUCUUGUAUUCAACGCGCUAGUAUUGUCGGCCGGUGGGAUCCGCAAGAUGAACCUUCCCGAUGACCCCGGCGUAACCUGGAUGGACUGGAUCUACAACGAAUCAAGGAGACGGUGA